AUGGCGUCUGUAAAAGAUCUACUCAAGAACUUGCUGAAGAAUCUGGUGAAAGAUGAUCUGAAGGAGUUUCAGUGGCACUUAUUAGAAAAUAAACAUGAGUGUAUUUUCAAGUCCGAAAUGGAAAAUGCAGAUGUCUUAGACACAGUGGAUAAGAUGGUAGCACGUUUUGGACCAGAAGAAGCUGUGAAGAUAACGGUGGAGAUCCUGAGGAAGAUGAACCAGAAUAAUCUGGUUGAGCAGCUAGAAAACAAUCACAAGCAAAGCUCAGCUGCAGAGCACAGUAAGGCUGCUCUUCAUAAGAUUAGCCUCAGACUGAAGGACAAAUUAAAACAGGACUACAAGAAGAUAUUGGUUGGUAAUUCAGAGAUGGGUCAUCAGAAGUACCUGCAUGAUAUCUACACUGAUUUAUAUGUGGUGGAAAAUGAGACAGGAGGAAGAGUGAAUGAACACGAGGUGAGACAGUUUGAAUUAAAUCUCAAACAAUUUGAUGCCAAAGACACACCGAUACAGUGCAAUAACAUUUUCAAAGUCCAUAAGGGUCAACAAAACAGAAAGGUGCUGACCAUGGGGAUUGCAGGGGUGGGAAAAUCAGUCUCCGUCAAUAAAUACAUCCUUGACUGGGCUGAAGGGAAAGAGAAUCAGGAUAUAGCUUUCAUUUUACCUCUGCCGUUCCGUGAGCUAAAUUUGAUCACAAAAAACGUCAGUCUCAUGGGACUGCUUCAUGAAUACGUCUUUAAUGGUACUGAAGAACUGCCUUCUCUUCCUGAAGGUGAUGGUAAAGUCUUGUUCAUCUUUGAUGGGCUGGAUGAAUGUCGCUUCCCUUUGAGAUUUAAAGAGCCUGACAGAAUUACAGAUGUUCACACAGAAACAACAGUGAGUAAGAUAGUUACAAGCCUGAUCAAGAGACACCUGCUUCCCUCUGCUCUCAUCUGGAUCACAUCCAGACCAGCAGCAGCCAGUCUGAUACCCCGUGACUACAUUGAUCAGGUGACAGAGGUGAGAGGAUUUAAUGAUGAGCAGAAAGAGCAAUACUUCAAAAAAAACAGUCCUGAAGUUUCUGAAAAUAUCAUCAGUCACAUUAAGAAAUCCAGGAGUCUGUACAUCAUGUGCCAUAUCCCUGUCUUCUGCUGGAUCUCUCUCACUGUUCUUAAGCCUCUACUGGCUCAAGAGAGCGAUGACAAAACACCUACAACUCUCACAGGGAUGUACACAAACUUCUUACUUACUCAGCAGCAACAGUUGAAAGAAAAAUACAAUGUUCCUGAACCUAAAGCCAAUGCAAGGUCUUUUGAUCAGAUUAUUCUAAAGCUUGGGAAACUGGCCUUUCAACAGCUGGAGAAAGGAAACCUGAUUUUCUACAAAGAAGAUCUUGAGGAAUGUGGACUAGAUGUCAGCGAAGGUUCUGUGUACUCUGGGUUAUGCACUCAGAUCUUUCAGGAGGAAAAGGCUGUUUCAGCAAGAAGUGUUUUCAGCUUUGUACAUCUCAGUGUCCAGGAAUUCCUUGCUGCUCUCUAUGUGUUUAUGAUGGGCAAAGAUGAGAAAGCUAACUUAUUUCUUCAAUCUUGGAUAGAAAAACUGAAAUGGAAACUGUCCAAAAAGCCACUGUUUAAACUUCAUAAGGCUGCAAUCAACAAGGCUUUACAAAGUGAGAACGGACACCUGGACCUUUUCCUCCGGUUCCUCCUGGGUCUUUCACUGGAGUCCAAUCAGAGUGACCUGAAAGAAGUACUGCCAGGACUGAAACUGAAAACAGAGGACAUGAAAAACACUUCUGACUAUAUCAAAAAGAUAAUAGAGAAUGAGAAAUCAAUAGAGAGGACCAUUAAUCUAUUCCACUGUCUGAAUGAACUAAAAGAUAAGUUUGUGGAGGAAAUCCAGAAGAAUCUAAGCUCAGGAAAUAUUUCAGCACAGAAGCUGUCCUCUGCUCAGUGGUCUGGUCUGGUGUUUGUGCUCCUCAUGUCAGAAGAGACUCAAGAGAUGUUUGAACUGCAGAAAUACAGAAGAUCUGAUAAAGCACUGACGAGACUGCUGCCAGUGAUCAAAAACACCAGAAGAGCACUGCUACACAGCUGUAAUCUCACUCCUCAGUCCUGUAAAUGUUUGUCUUCAGUUUUACAAUCCUCAAACUCCUUCUUGAAAGAGAUGGACCUGAGUAGCAAUGACCUGCAGGAUUCGGGAGUGAAGCUUCUUUCUGAUGGACUGAGGAGUCCAAGCUGUCAGCUGGAGAUUAUGAGGCUACACAGCUGUAAUCUCACUGCACAGUCCUGUGAACAUUUGUCUUCAGUUUUACAAUCCUCAAACUCCUUCCUGAGAGAGAUGGACCUGAGUAGCAAUAACCUCCAGGAUUCUGGAGUGAAGCUUCUUUCUGAUGGACUGAAGAGUCCAAACUGUCAGCUGGAGAUAAUGAGAUUGUCUGGCUGUAUGGUGACAGAGGAAGGCUGUGGUUAUGUGUCUUCAGCUCUGAGUUCAAACCCCUCACGCCUGAAAGAGCUGGAUCUGAGCUACAAUCACCCAGGAAAUUCAGGAGUCAAGCUGCUCACUGAUAAACUCAAUCAUCCAAACUACAGACUGGAUAAACUCAAUGUGGAUCAUGGAAGAGAGAUCUGGAUUACAGCAGGACUACACAAAUGUACGUAUAAACACACAUACUCUUAUCUCUCUUACACACAAACACACACUCAAACUGUACUGAGACACCACUGAUAUAUUGAACAUGAAGAAUUCAGCUAUAUUAAAGGUCAGACAGA